UGAUGUACACAUACUUUUAAAAUAAUCUACUUUUAAAAGUAAAAAACUUUUUACUUCAGUGAUAUGCUUACAGGUUAUACAUGCUUACUUAACGAUAAGCCUCUGCACCAUACUUGCCCCACAAACAGGCCUUGAAGGAGUAGUUCACUUUAAAAUGAAGAUUAGCCCAUUAUUUACUCUCCCUCAAGUCAUCCAAGGUGUAUGUGACUUUCUUGUUGAUUGCAAUUCACUCCCAUUAUAAAGCUCAGAAACAUCAUGGUGUUAAUUAAUAUAACUCUUAAUGUAUUGGUCUGGAAGAAGAAAGUCACAUACACCUAGGAUGACUUGAGGGAGAGUAAAUAAUGGGCUAAUCUUCAUUUUAAAGUGAACUAAUUAUUUAAUAGGCCUUUAAGCUACAUGAAGUAUAAAGUGAUAGUAACUACUCAAUUAGAUCAGUUAUAGUGCUAGGAGUACUAGCCCAUGCACACGUGUAGAAUACAUAUUUGAUCAACAGUCAUGAAUUAAUUAAAUGUAUUAAUAUUAUUAUAAGGCAUUUCUGGUAAUUAAAAGUCCAUUAAUUGGAGAAAACAUUGAUAUUAAAGCACAUGGUUGCCGACACAGUUUUAGAGUUUUUUAUUUUAUUUUGUAAUGCUGGUGAAUAAUUAUACAAAUUGCAGUGAAGUUUGCUGUUCUAGACUCACAUGGAGUAUGGGUUGGGGAAAAAACUGACGGGAACGUUUUUAAUAUAUUUUAUAAGGAAAAAUAAUUUCAUUUGUGAAAAAGUUGAGUGACGUAAUUUAACCCGGGAAAACAUUUUUUUUGGCGGGAGCCGUGACGAGUUGAGUUCGUCAUUCGCGCGAGGAGACAGAUCGUCAGAGAGGUAAGUUCACUAGCUUGUUUUAUAAACUCUUAUCUUUUCAAAUUGUGAAACUUUGACCAAAUAAACAAAUGAUUGAUAGCUACCUAGAUAUACAGACCAGCAAAUGACUACAUCUGGUGCUCGCCUAUAGUAUGAAGACGACGAGUAACGAACGUUAUUUAGGUGAGCUAAAUUAGCGUUAGACCGAAGCCAAUCGUUAGGCCUGUCAUAAACAAUAUUAUUGUCAUUUUAAGACAAUUUUGUGCCACUUAGUAUUUAAUCAUAAUAUAAAAGCAUAAUAAUAAAAUUAGGCAUAACGUUAUACACUUUAAAAAGACAACAACCAUUUAAUUAUUUUGAUAAGUGGUGUCAAAAAAACACUGAAUGAAAAAAAAAACUUAAAUAAAGAGUAAAUAAUCAUUGUAAAAUAAUAAUACUAAUAAAAAAGCGCAAAGUACGUUACAAGUAGAGAAGAGAAAAGGUGCACACUAUUGCUGAGUUAAGUUAGCGGGCAGAUGUGUGUCUGAACGAGCCUCAGCGAGACUGAUCUGAUAAUAAAACAGGUUUUUUAUGUGCACCAUUUUGCGCUGUGACGUAUUAACUUGCUCAAGAACAGUGGAUUGCGGCUUUGAAAUCGAGCGCAUUUAGAUUUGUUCUGUAACGUUAGUUGUCAUGAAAACACGAUGGCGUGUUCUUCAGCUUCUGUAGGGCGCUGUGUGUUUGAAGGAGAACACAACACCACAGCGCGAUCUGCGAGAUGUGCUGCCACUCAUUAUCAUAUAAACAUACUGGGCGAAGGAUUGCGUCACCAGACGGUUUUGAGGUCAUGUAGAUAUUGUGAGUUAUGUCGAUAUAUUAUUGAUUAUUGCGACAGGCCUAAUGCUCGCUAGUUGCAGAUAAUUUGAGAAAAAUCGAUUCUCAAAAAUGUCGACAGAACAACCGCAUGCCUUUUUCAACAUUUAUAACCCUACUAAAUUUUGAUUAAUAUGUAUUCUUUAGUCAAUUUUUUAUUUGAGAAAUACAUGUUUCGUGUGUAAUUAGCAAGCAUGAUCAAGUUGAAUUUAAAUGUAUUACUGCAUGUCAUGUCUAAACGGAAGCGAUUUAGUCCUGUGGAGGAUGCCACUGCACACAUUCUGUCUGGCAAAGACAAACCAUGCCUUGAGGAGAGAUUCAUUAACUCUCAUAAAGGUAGAGGUGUGUUUGCUAGCAUGUCCAUUGACAAAGGAUGCUUCAUUCUUGAAUACCGUGGAGAGUUACUUUCCCAAGAGGAGAGCCAAACAAGACAGAAUAGAUACAAUGAAACAGAAAAUACCUUCUUGUUUGAGUUUGAUUGGAAUGGAAGGCAAUGGUGCAUUGAUGCCUCAAAAGAAGAUGGUUCACUUGGGAGACUAGUGAACGAUAAUAACAAGACUCCUAACUGUAAAGUGAAAAAAAUUAGUGUUGAAGGUAAACCACAUCUGUGUUUGUUUUCGGUUAAGGCCAUAGCUUCAGGAGAAGAAUUAACAUACAACUAUGGAGAUUCAGACUGGCCAUGGCGUACUCAGUUGAACCAAGCAGUCCCUCACAAUGAGGAGAACAUACCAUCAGAAGACAGUACACAUUUUCCUGACAAAAUAAACUGUCCCAAGCCAGCUGAACAGAUUGGGAGUUAUUUGUCUGAACCCAGGCCUUCAAAUAGUGGUCAAUCCACCGACCACAACAGUGACCAUUCAUCCACAGCCUCUGACAUGAUGGAGAACCAUUCUCAGGUGAACCAAGCAGUCCCUCACAAUGAGGAGAACAUACCAUCAGAAGAGGGUACACACCUUUCUGACAAAAUAAACUGUCCCAAGCCAGCUGAACAGAUUGGGAGUUAUUUGUCUGAACCCAGGCCUUCAAAUAGUGGUCAAUCCACCGACCACAACAGUGACCAUUCAUCCACAGCCUCUGACAUGAUGGAGAACCAUUCUCAGGUGAACCAAGCAGUCCCUCACAAUGAGGAGAACAUACCUUUGGAGGAAGAUAUAUGUUUUCCUUCCAACAUGAGCAAAAAGUCAACUGAACAAGUAAUGCCAUGUGGUACAUUAACCAAGCUCCAAUUAAGUAAUAAUUUCAGACUGAAAGAAAAUCAAGACAGAUGUGCUCAACGCUAUGAACAACUGUCAACACUUGAAACUAAGAGAGGGAUGACUGAUUACUCGCAGAAUAAUGAAUCUGAGAUAUCUUGUGAGGAAUCCUCCUUUUCUGACUACAGUGACAACGAUUAUGUCCCUGGUACAGACUGUAGCUCAUCAGACAACAGUUGUGAAAGUGAAGAACUAAAUAUCUGCCAUGUCGAGCCAGCAAAGGGAGGUGCUGUUGAGUUUAAGAGUACAACAGACAAUAGUACAAGCUCAUCCUAUCACCGUUCCACAUCUGUGACACCGAUGCCUACUAAAAUGCAAAAAAAUAGAUACAAGAAGAUACAAUAUUGUGCCUAUUGUCAGAAGCCAUACUCUAAAAUUGCACGGCACUUGGAGUUUGUUCAUCGCAAUGAACUUGAGGUAGCUAAGGCAUUCAGCUUCGAUAAAAGGUCAAAGGAAAGAAGAGUGAGACUACGCCUUUUGAAAAGUAGAGGGAACUUUGCCCAUAAUGCUGCAGUUUCAAAAGCCGGAAAUGGGGAAAUGGUUGCUUGCAGACGGCCCAAAGAAGUAAAAUCUACCUAUGACUUCACUCACUGUAUCCACUGUCAGGGUCUAUACAACAGAAAGACACUAUGGAGACACAUCCGAACAUGCCCCCAGAACCCCAAAAAUGAAAACCGCACAAUUGGGCAGAAGAGAGUUCAGUCAAUCAACAGCUUGACCCUUCCUCCACCAGUGGAUGUUAGCAAAAGUCUGUGGACCAUUGCUUGUGAGAUGGUGAAUGAUGAAGUUUCAGAUGUUGUCAGGAAUGAUCGAUACAUUCUUCUUUUAGGGGAGCAGAUGUACAACAGGCUGAAGUCACAUUCAGGAAGAAAUUACUACAUUAAGCAGAAAAUGAGGGAAGUAGCAAGGUUGCUCAUCACUGCCAGAUCACUGACACCCAUUCAUAAUAUGGAGGACUUCAUCCAACCCUGCAACUUUCCUCACGUUAUAAAAGCAGUAAGAGCAGUGGCAGGAUUUAGUGAGGAGGCAAACACCUACAAGAUUCCAUCACUGGCACUGAAGCUUGGACACAGCUUGGUGAAGAUUGCCAACUCUGUGGAAUGCAAUGCACUGAUGUCAGGACGCGACACGGCUGCGGAGUCUGCACGAAAUUUCAGACGUUUGUAUGAAAGCAAAUGGAAUGAGGUAGUGUCUGCAGCUGCACUGACUACUCUGGGAGAAGCUAAAUGGAAUAAGCCACAAGUUCUACCAUUUACAGAUGAUGUCAAAACACUGCACUCAUUUUUGAACUCAAAACAGCAGGAAUAUGUGGAUGCCCUUCAAGAAAAACCAAAUGACAAAAACUUUGCCAAUCUUUGCAAAGUCAUGCUAACACAGAUCAUUAUUUUUAAUAGACGAAGAGAGGGUGAAGUUUCCAGGAUGAAUAUUCAAUCUUACACGUCUAGAGACCAGGCACCAAUGCACAAAGAUAUCGCUGUGGGACUCAGUGACUUUGAGAAAAAACUUUGUGGGUACUUCCAAAGGGUGGAAAUACGUGGUAAAAGGGGGAGGAAGGUACCAGUGUUGCUGACCCCUAAUAUGAUUGUGGCCAUGGAUCUCCUUGUAAACAUGAGAGAAAGGUGUCAAGUUCCUGUUGAAAACAAGCAUUUGUUUGCUCGUCCAGGUGCUCUGUCUCACUAUCGUGGUGGAGACUGUAUUCACCAGUAUGCCCGAGCCAGUGGAGCAAAGCAUCCAGAUGCCCUUUGCUCAACAAAGCUGCGUAAGCAAGUAGCUACAAUGUCCACAGUAUUAAACCUAAAAGACAAUGAGAUGGAUCAACUGGCCAACUUCCUUGGCCAUGAUAUCAGAGUUCAUCGGGAGUUCUACCGCCUCCCUGAAAGCACUCUACAGCUUGCAAAGAUUAGUAAACUCCUCAUUGCAAUGGAAAAAGGGGCACUGCCCGAACUCCAGGGUAAAGGAUUAGAUGGUAUAACAAUAGAUCCACAAGAUGAAAUGGAUGUGUCGAGCAACAGUUCCAGUGAUGAGGCAGAACCGCAAACUUUAAGCUGCAGAAGACAAGAGUAUGAGGAUCAUGUGAAUGGCUCCCAGAAAUCACUUGUUCGUAGACCAAAAUCCUCCUCCAUGGUAGACCUGGACGAUGCCAAUCUCAAACAAGGCACAAAAGUCAGUGUCAAAAAGAAGUGGUCGGAAGAAGAGGUUGGGGCAGUUGAAAAGCAUUUGAUGCAUUUCAUACGCAGCUGUCGAGUUCCUGGGAAGACGGACUGUGUCUCAUGCCUGUUAGCUGAGCCUGAAGCACUGAAAAACAGAGACUGGUCUGCUAUUAAGUUUUAUAUUAAUAACAGAAUUACUGCAUUGAAAAGACAACAGAGUCGGUAGGACCGAUUUUUUUUUUUUUUUUUUAUACAUUUAUACGCUGUUAAAUCAAUUUGAAGUUAAGGCUUUAUGAAGUCCUCUUUGAUUUUAAGCAAGAAUUGUUAAAAACAAAAAUUUGGGUAACACUUUAUAAUAAUGUUCAGUUGUAAGUAAUGUAUAAGUGAUUUAGUUAUAAUGAGGAACUAAUAAUUUACAAAACGACUUAACGUUCACAAUGUUAAGAUUUAAAAAUCUUUUGGUAAGUUAUCUGAAAAAAUAGCAUCUUAAAAUAAUAAAACAGAUCCUUAGUAAAGGGCUAAGAAGUUAUUAGCUAAUAUAUUAUUUAUCACUUAUCACAGCAUUAAAGUACUCCAUGUGUGUCAGAGAAGACAUCUGUCUAACCCUCACCAGUGAGCA